AUGGCUAAGUUACUGGGUAAAUUGGAGGCAGAGUUCGAGAAACUGACGGGCGGGCAUGAGGCAGGCGGGUCCGGCCUGCGCCAAACACUCAGCGACACGCAGGAUUUGAAACAACAACUGCGGAAACUCAAGGCACACCUCAACAAGAACAUCCAGGAACGUGAGGGGUCGCCACAGGACAACAAACUCAUGAAGAAGAGGGCAGUUAUACAGGACAAAGUUAACAAGUGUUACAAAGUGUGGGACCACGCUGUCAAGAGACAGGGGAAGGCAGUGGGGCUACGGUACGCUUGCUUUAGGAAGGAUGCACUCGCACAACUCAAGGGCGCGCCGCUCGAGGAGAUAUACCAGCACAAGAUUGCUCCAGCGAACAGAGCGUUCGUGGAUAGGGCCAUCGGGUUCCAUAUCUCGAGGUACAACGUCGGGGACUUACCCCUCGAUGAGGGGGCCAAUAUCGUGCAGUACUUGGAGACCGCGUAUAGAGUGGAUAGGGCCGCCUCGGAGAGGCUCGCGCCCAUGGGUCGCAUGAUCCAUGAUUUGAGAAGGCAUGAGUUUGAUAGUUGCGCCGCGUGGGCAAGCGACCACGGGGACAGCGUGACCCCGAGGUUGCAGUUCGAACUGUUUAUAUUGAAGGCGUUGCAGAUGGUGAAAGUGAGUGGAACAACGCACACUGUCAAGUACUUGAUUGAUAACGUGCCGCAAAACCUUAUCACGUACAGCGAGGACUCCACGUACAAGGACGUCUCUGCGGCACUGCUGGCGAAGAUGGUCCUCGGACACGAACUGCCCGAUAUCGACGCAAUCAUACAAGAGAGACUGCAGUCGUGCAUCCGGAUCUUCACGCACGAGUUCUGCGCUCAAAAUAGCCUGCCCUUCGACUCCCCCUUGUUCCUCACCGUCCUCAGCGGGAUCAUCUCACUCCAGUAUUUUAUCAAAUACAACCAAAUUAGAGCAGCGUCACACGUAGGUUGGACCACCAGGGACGAACUACCCUUCGACGUCGAGCUGCCAGAUUUCUUGUCCCAUUUCCACCCGAUAUUCAUCUGCCCAGUGUUAAAGGAGGAGACGACAAGCGAAAACCCACCGUACUCCCUGUCCUGCCAUCAUAUCAUAUCCAAAAAGGCACUGGACAGACUUUCGAAGAAUGGGAACUUAUCAUUCAAGUGCCCUUAUUGUCCCGUACACACAACAAUGAUAAAGACCAAGAGAGUCAAUUUUGUCAUAUUAUAA